CCGAAAACCAGCUCUGACACGUCAGGCUGGGCUGGCAGUGCUUUUGUCCUAAAUGGCCUCUCGUUCGUUUAAGCGUCGGUUGUUCUGGCGGCGGGUGGGUCUGCCUCCGCUUACCCCGCCAUUACGAUUCGGCUUGAUACUGCUUGCACGCACAGACAAUACUACACAAUCCUUGGCUAGGUAAUUUAGCUUCUUCUCUUGGGGUGGCUUUUCGUAUGGCCAGGAGCUAACCCAGGAUAGCUCUCCGCUUGGUAGCCUGACCGGCGCGCAAGAUGGCCGGAGAGGAGGCCAUCGUACCACCCGUGCAUGCCACAAAGGCUAUACCAGUGCAGCCGCAGGAAAUAGCGAAGGCUACCUUGGGCGGCUGCGCGUUGACGGGAGCAAAGCAGCACGAUUUACGCGAGCUGGACGCGCAACAAGCCGCUGGUGACAGUUAUCAGUACAAAGCAGCCGCCCAUGAAUCAGUCUUGGUUGACCGCGGUGAUCCGGACCGACAGCUGGAAGCUAUCCGCGGUAACAUAGUCCAGCCUGUGAAAGCGGCUGAAACAACUACUGCGCUACCACCCAGCCAGGUCCCAGGAAUGUCGCUUAGGGCUAUUUGUGAAUACCCGCAGCAAGCUCCGCGACCAGGCACCGCUCUGCCUGGUCCAGCAGCAGCCGCAGCUGCUGCUGCCACUGCUGCUGCUGCUGCGCGCCCUACGGCACCGCAAAAGCCUCUCUCCUCUGCAGCACCCACAUCACGUGCAGCAGCGGCACCAGCGGCAGCAGGCAAGGGCGGCGGCCCAGCCAAGCCAUCAGCCUCCAAAGCCCCAUAUGAGGGCGAUCUUGAGAUGGAGGCGGAGGAGGAGGCGGAGGGUGAUGGUGGCAGCGGGGCCGCUGGCUUCGACGAGGACGACGACGACGGUGACGGUGACGGCUCCGGAAGCGACUUCAGUCUUGACGCCGGUUGCCGCGACGACAGCAGCGAUGAGGAUUACGAAGAGGAGUACGACAACAGGC